UAUUGUAUUGUAUUCAGUACGCAGUUUGAACAUAUGUAUUUAAAUUGUUAAAAAUUGUAUACACCCCAUAAAUUCAAGGAUUUUGACAUAAAGAGUUAUGGGAGCAGUAAAAUAUGGAUUAUUUUUUUUUUUGCUGUCAAAGAUUCUAUCUGUUGAUUGUUUUCAAAACAAUCCUACAGAUUCAAUACCGUUUCAUGGACAAAAUGCAGGAGCGCAUAACUCGUGGCCAAGUCAACCAGACCAAUCGCUACCUCAAGGAAUGACAAAUUAUAACAACAUGAGAUAUCCUGACCUUCCACAAAGUACUUAUCUGAAUAAUAAAAAUAAUCAACAAUACAUUAAUUAUAAACAACAACCUUCUAUGCCGCAACCGUAUAAUGCACCACAGCAAUAUACACCACAAGAACAAAACCAUUUGCAACCUAUGUCUCAAGCAGUACACCAUAAUGUCCAACACAUGAAUACAUUUCAGCCACCUUUGACUGUAAAUCAAAAUCAACAAUCUCAUGUACCACAAUCGAAUAAUUUAUAUUUACCAUUACAUGGUAGUAGACAAGGAGUUUCUCAUUCUUACGGAACAGUCGGACCUCCACCAAAAGAAUACCAACAACAACUGCCAAUGAACUUAAAUCCACCAAUACAAGAAAAAUUACAAGAUUUUGGUGAAGAUAUGAAUAACGCUAGAAACCAAGGAACUUUGUCGCAAACGACGUCUCCAAUUCCACUUUCAUCAAAUCAGCCAAAAUUGUCUCAGAUACCAUCACAGCCGUCUUUAAAUCCGACAACGAAAGUUAAUUCAACGCCCAACAAAAAUAACAUAGAAAUUAAAGAGAAAGAAUUACUAGAAUGGUUCAAAGAUAUGAAAGACUUCAAUAAGAACCAAGAAACUUUGUCGCAAACGACGUCUCCAAUUCCACUUUCAUCAAAUCAGCCAAAAUUGUCUCAGAUACCAUCACAGCCGUCUUUAAAUCCGACAACGAAAGUUAAUUCAACGCCCAACAAAAAUAACAUAGAAAUUAAAGAGGUAGAAUUACCAGAAUGGUUCAAAGAUAUGAAAGAUUUCAAUAAGAACCAAGAAACUUUGUCGCAAUCGACGUCUCCAAUUCCACUUUCAUCAAAUCAGUCAAAAUUGUCUCAGAUACCAUUACAACCGUCUUUAAAUCCUAUGGUUAAAGGUUCUUCAACAUCUGUUGAAAAUAUUGUGCAAAAUAUGAAUGACAGCGUGUUUUUAGAUUCUGUAUUAGGACUUCCGGAUGAUCAAUUAGAGCCACGUUUUAGUGAUGUCGAGAAAAAUCAAGAUGUUUUAAUAGAUAGUUCUCUAACAGAUAUAAAACAAUUUUUGAAUUCUGAAAAUAUUGAUAUACUAUAUCCACCCAAUUAUGUGUUAGAAAAUCAAGACGAUUCUCAAUUAGUAUUGAGUGAUGAAUACGCGAUAAAUGAAUCACACUCAAAUGAAAGUAAAUCGUUUGUAAAUAAUGAUACUGAAAAUCUACAAAAUGCAUUGAAUGAUAUUACAUUUCCUACAAAUUUUGAAGAUACAAAAUUAAAUGAAGAGUCAAAAUUGGAAAAAGCAAUAUCUGAGUUAUCAAUUUUUCCAUUAGAUAAAGUUAAUGAAGAAAAUGAUGUAUUAUAUUCAUUGGAAAAUUUAAUACCUGACAAACCACCAGAAUUUGAAGAAUUAUCAAAGUACGAUAAUUCAUAUAUUGUAAACACAGAAAAUCCCAAAAACGCGAAAGAGGAUAAUGCUAAAUUAACUGUUUUCGCCAACCCUAAUGAUAUUCAUAUACUUCAACAGUCUCUAACCAAUGAUAAUAGUUAUAUAAAUAAUAAUUUAUUAAAUACUCCAUCGACAGACAUGCCAUUAUUGUAUGGUCCCUCAUUUCCAAAUAGUGUUGAUUACGUUCAACCUUUUAAUUCGAAUGCUAAUAAUCAACUACCUAACUCAUUAUUAAGUGUUAAUCAAAAACCGGUGGGUUAUAAUCAAAUUCCAAUGUAUCUCGCAAAUAGUAAUGAUUAUGAUCAACAAGUUGCUCCUUCUGCUGUUGAUCAAAAUCAAAUGACAUCCAAAAUACAAUCACCUGGUUUGUCGCUAGAUGCAUAUCAACCAAGUUCUAUGGAUAACAGUGGUUCUAUUUACAAGAAAGUAGACUUAAAAAACCCUUCUCUAAAUACUCCUAAUUCGUGGUUUUUAUCAAAAAAAGAUGACACAAAAAAUCUACACCCAAACCAAAAUUACGGGUACACAAGUUAUGAUGGUAAAGCACGUACAAGCAUUUUUGAUAGACCAUUGUCGUCUUACCAAAAUAAUAUUCAAGGAAUUUUAAAUUCACCUUCAAACGAUAUAUUCGCACAAAAUAUGAUAUCCGUAAUUUCAAAUUCGGUUCAAGCACCGUUAGAUGGGACUAAGGCAAUAUUUGACAUAACACGUGCCAAUUUCCCACAUUCUCCAGUGAGUCAUAUAAUUCGAUUAACAAAUUCUAUCGUACAAUCUGUGAUGCUAAAUCUUCGGCAGUCUUUAAAUACAAUCAUAAACACUUUAUACGGUCGACGAGCUAAACGAGAUUUUAAUGGUUUUGAGAUCUUCAACAAUUUACCGGGCACUCUGGUUAACAAAUAUUAUCACCAAUCUACUGAUGCGCCUACGACGAAAAAUAUAAAUUUGCCAAAUUACUAUAAUCAACAAAUUUCAGCAGGUCAACAACCGACCGCAGAUUAUUACGUACGCCAACCUGCAACGGCUGCAACCGAAAAUAUGUUAGGGCAACGACAGACGUAUUACGGUAGCAGCAUCGACCAGAAUUCCUACAGAUCACAAUAUGAUUAUAAUAUUGGUGUUUUACCGCAACCGGCAAACACUCAAAAUUACGUUUUGAAUUCUUUGGUCGAUGCGAUCACAUCUGCAAUACGUUCAAAUGUACCUGAUCCGUACUCAGUCGACGCACCAGAAAUACAAGAAUAUACCCAGCAAGUGAUCGUAGCUGUAGAACUAUUUUUCAAUAAUCAGAUUGAUAACAUACUUCGUGGACAAUCACCAACAUCGAAUAAGUAUUAAACAAUAAUAAUUAAUCAAAAACAUUAGUUUUUCUUGAAUAUUUUUUAUUUAUUUCACAAUUAAA